AUGCACAGCGAUUUGGAAAUAAAUUUUACUCGAAAACUUUAUGAACGCUGUUGUUGGAUCCGUGCCACUUUUAUAAUUCCUCUGGAUCGAGUUACUGGUGCACCAGCAAGGGAAGUUGCCGUUCAGGGAAACGCAGGCCAAACUCUGCUCUCCCUUGCCCAUGAAAACGACGUCGAACUUGAAGCCUCUGACGAGGAGAACGACAUGUUGGACUUGGCAUUUGGGCUUACUGAAACCUCGAGACUGGGCUGUCAGGUUAAGCUUGACCCAUCCAUUGAAGGUAUGGUUGCAAAAAUCCCGGCAGCCACUCGCAACAUCGCCGUUGACGGGUACAAGCCACCAAAACAUUAG